CCGAAGAGGGGACUUCGUGCUAAUGGCGUAACGCGGCGGUGGCCGCGUCCCGAGUCCUUCAGCCCCCGCCUCCCCUCCCCUCCCGCCGUUAGCCUCCCGUCCUCCCCUACUGCCAAGCACAUGUCCUCAGCCUCCCAUGCCGCGCUCUCCCCUGGCCCCGUUGUCGCGGGCGCCUCCCGCGCUGGCGGCUCCGCGCAACUCCACGUUUUCCCACCUCUUCCAGGUCUGCGCCCACGCCGGCCGCGCGGCUCUCGCCGCCGGCCGCGCAGCGCACGCGCGCAUGCUCGUGUCCGGGUUUGUCCCCACGGCCUUCGUCUCUAACUGCCUCCUGCAGAUGUAUGCUCGCUGCGCGGACGCCGCCUACGCCCGCAGUGUAUUCGACGCGAUGCCCAGCCGGGACACCGUCUCGUGGAACACCAUGCUCACCGCGUACUCGCACUCUGGGGACAUCGCGACCGCGGUAUCGCUGUUCCAUGAGAUGCCGAACCCGGACGUCGUGUCGUGGAACACGCUCGUCUCGAGCUACUGUCAGCGCGGCAUGCAUCGAGAGUCAGUGGGUAUGUUCUUGGAUAUGGCCCUCGCUGGUGUUUCCUCCGACAGAACGACAUUUGCUGUCCUUCUGAAAUCGUGUGGUGCUUUGGACGACUUGGCACUGGGUGUUCAAAUCCAUGCGUUGGUGGUAAAGGCAGGGUUAGAGGUUGAUGUUCGGACUGGGAGUGCUCUUGUGGACAUGUAUGGCAAGUGUGGCAGUUUGGAAGACGCAUUGUUCUUCUUUUACGGAAUGCCCGAGAAGAACUGGGUCUCUUGGGGUGCAGCCAUUGCUGGGUGUGUUCAAAAUGAGCAGUACACACGUGGGUUCGAGCUGUUCACAGAGAUGCAGAGGUCAGGGAUGGGGGUGAGCCAGCCGGCUUAUGCCAGUGUGUUUAGGUCCUGUGCAGCAAUGUCAUGUCUGAGAACUGGUAGGCAGUUACACGCACAUGCCAUAAAGAAUAAGUUCAACACUGACCGUAUUGUUGGGACAGCUAUUGUGGACAUUUAUGCUAAGGCUAAUAGUUUGGUUGAUGCUAGAAAGGCAUUCUUUGGUUUGCCCAACCAUACAGUGGAGACAUGCAACGCCAUGAUGGUUGGUCUUGUACGCUCAGGGCUAGGAAUUGAGGCCAUUGAACUGUUUCAGUUCAUGACCAGGUCUGGCAUUGGUUUUGAUGCCGUCAGCUUAUCAGGGGUUUUCAGUGCUUGUGCAGAGGUUAACGGGUACUUUCAAGGGGUGCAAGUCCACUGCAUAUCAAUUAAAUCGGGUUUUCAUGUGGACAUCUGUGUCAGGAAUGCAAUUCUUGAUCUGUAUGGGAAGUGCAAAGCAUUGGUAGAAGCAUACCUUAUCUUCCAGGAUAUGGAGCAACGAGACUCGGUCUCUUGGAAUGCUAUUAUUGCUGCUCUUGAGCAAAAUGGACGCUAUGAGGACACUAUACUUCAUUUUAAUGAGAUGCUGCGCUUUGGUAUGGGACCUGAUGAUUUCACUUAUGGUAGUGUUCUUAAGGCUUGUGCAGCUUUACAAUCUUUGGAGUAUGGACUGAUGGUUCAUGACAAGGUUAUCAAGUCAGGACUUGGUUCAGAUCCUUUUGUAGCGAGCACUGUUGUUGACAUGUACUGCAAGUGUGGUAUGAUUGCAGACGCUCAGAAGCUUCAUGACAGAAUUGGGAGGCAAGAACUUGUCUCAUGGAAUGCCAUCAUAUCUGGAUUUUCACUGAACAAACAGAGUGAGGAUGCCCAGAAAUUCUUUGCACAGAUGUUAGAUAUGGGACUAAAGCCUGACCGCUUCACAUAUGCUACUGUUAUUGAUACUUGUGCUAACCUAGCCACCAUUGAAAUAGGGAAACAGAUCCAUGGUCAGAUAAUCAAGCAAGAAAUGCUGGGAGAUGAAUAUAUAUCUAGCACUCUUAUAGACAUGUAUGCCAAGUGUGGUAACAUGCCAGACUCACUGCUAAUGUUUGAAAAGGCACAGAAACGUGAUUUUGUGUCAUGGAAUGCUAUGAUAUGUGGCUACGCGCUCCAUGGCCAAGGAGUAGAAGCACUCAUGAUGUUUCAUAGGAUGAAAAAGGAGAAUGUGGUGCCAAACCAUGCAACAUUUGUUGCAGUACUUCGGGCGUGCAGCCAUGUUGGGCUGCUGGAUGAUGGAUGCCGCUACUUCCAUGAGAUGACCACCCUCUACAAACUGGAACCACAACUGGAGCACUUUGCUUGCAUGGUAGAUAUACUAGGCCGCUCAAAGGGCCCACAGGAAGCUCUGAAGUUUAUCAGCACCAUGCCUUUUGAAGCUGAUGCAGUCAUCUGGAAGACUCUCCUAAGCGUUUGCAAGAUCCAUCGGGAUGUUGAGGUGGCUGAACUAGCUGCUAGCAAUGUUCUGCUACUGGAUCCUGAGGAUUCUUCGGUUUACAUUCUUCUCUCAAAUGUAUAUGCAGAAUCAGGGAAAUGGGUUGAUGUUUCAAGGACAAGAAGGCUAAUGAGGCAGGGACGGCUUAAGAAGGAACCUGGCUGUAGCUGGAUUGAGGUGCAAAGUGAGAUGCACGGUUUCCUUGUAGGAGAUAAAGUCCAUCCGAGAUCGAGGGAGCUGUAUGAUAUGUUGAAUGAUUUGAUUGAUGAGAUGAAGCUAUCUGGGUAUGAGCCUGAUUCAGCUUCUUUGGUUGACUUUGAUGAAGAGGGGCAUGCAUCUGAGCAAGAUGAGUUACUUGGAAUUGUUGCUGGCUAAUCUGUUCUUUAUUGAAGGCUAUUUCAUAAGGCUUUUAACUUAAACUCCCUUCCAGCAGAGACAAUGAUGCUACAAAAGAUGUGAGGCAGAAUCUUCGAUCUGUUUUUACUGGACAUGUCUCUGUGCCGCUAAACAUGGUUUUGUUGAUCUGAUGAGUACAUGAAACUAUGAAGUGACAAAGUUCUGAUAUGAAUUAUACAUAUAGAAGUUUCAAACAACGGCAAUAGACAAUCAAAUGAGCAACAGUCUGAUUUCCACUCCAAGGAUUACUUUGCAAACAAGCAAGUUCCCGUGACUGGUGUGCUACACAGCAGCUGGACCAGCAUCUCAAUGGAUAAGUUGUUUUUUAUGCUCCUUAAUGGAUGUUGUGAACUCAUGAUCAUGUGUCUUGACCGUAUCACUCUAUUCUGAUAAGGUUGUUGAGAUUUAGAGUCAGAUAAUGCGACCUGUAAGGCCGUGUUGCAUGGUUAUCAUCUCCUUGAUCAUGCUAAUGCCCACACCAAAGGUGGAGCCCUUGUGGCAUCUCCUGUGCCACCAAUACGACGCCACCAACCAAAGGCAUGGAUUAAGUAUCGACAGGGAGCGAUUGCUGGCUUUUGCCUCACUGUACAACAAGCACCUGAGCCUAUUGGGAUUAUUGGAUAGAACUUAGUGAUAAUUCUUGGAUACCAUGUUGUUUUCGACAGAGAAAACAUGAAAUUGGGCUGGUACGGAAUGCCAUGAUCUUGACAACAGCAUGACAGUACCCUUGGGUUCAUCGCAGCAUGGCAUCCCGGAGGAUCGCUACCAUCAGACGAGCAGCAGACAUCUCCGGCUGUGACACCUGCAGUUGCAGGCAAGGCACCGCCACAGAUUCACAGUUUUUGCUUCAGUUUUUGAAUUUGUUAAAAGCAGGUCGAAAUUCACAGCCCACAGAAUCCAACUGGGAAGGUUUUUCGCGAGGAGGCGUUGCUUAUUAUUUCUCAGGCUUGUCAGUAAAUGGACUGCUUUGCUAUUGCUGAUGAGGUAAAUCAGCAUGAUGGUUUGGAGUUUAGACAGCAAAAGCUUGUAGUAGACAAACAUCUAAACCAUUUUUUCGACUCUGGAAUUCUGGAUAUGUUCCAGGUUUACGAGUAUAUUACUUGCUACGAGAACAACCAUACCUCACUGGCUUCUCUUCCAGGAAUGCAAGAGGGGACCAUACAUCUAAACCCUGUCGAAAACUUACAGUUUAACUGAUGGAUACUACUUGGUUGUAUAUCUAAGCUCAUAGUACAGCUUUGCCAUUUUGUGGAAGAAUUAUAUACCUCUAGUUGAUUCAAAUCCUUAUAAGAUAUUUGGGAUGUUAAGGAAUCACUAUCUAAAUUGACUAGGCUGGAGAGUUGGUUGGGCUUGUGUUUGUGGUAUUUUAGUUUUUCAGGAGAAGUAGAUGAUUGGCCGUGCAUUUUCUAUGAAAUUUCAAAUUUGUUUA